UUGUCCAAACACGUGUUUCACUGGGACAAUAGUGAGUGGUGCACACUUCCUUCGCCCAGCCACAGAACAAAAGAAGUCCCAUUUAAGAGUUGCUGGUGUAACAAUAGGAAGAAUAUAUUCCACUCCUCUCUUGUACAUGCGGCUUAUGAGACGUCCAACAGAUGAAUGCUCGUCAAGAAGAACAUGCCCUUCAGCAGCAGGGGGGCUCCUCCUUGAGGCAGGAGGAUCCACGACCCCCUUACAUUAAAGAGGAAGAGGAGGAUCUCUGGGUUACUCAGGAGGGAGAGUGUGUUGUAGGGCAGGAGGAGGAUGAUGUCAGCAAGUUUCCACUGACUGUUGUCUCUGUGAAGACUGAAGAGCAUGAAGACAAAGCACCUGAGUCCUCACAGCUUCAUCACAGUCCAAACGUCUGUGAAGAACAACUUCUGCCUGAAAAACAGGAGAGUAGCUUCAGGAUGUUGAAGGAGGAUCCACCAAAGAGGAAGACCAGACACCACGGACCCUCUGGCAUCUUCUUUUCCUCUUUGACACAGACCCUUCCCUGUAAAAAGGAAGACGAAGACUCACUGACCCCCCACAUUAAAGAGGAAGAGGAAGAACACAGCAUCAGUCAGGAGGGAGAUCAUAUUGAAGGACUGGUGGAGUUCCCAGUGACUGGUGUCCCUGUGAAGAGUGAAGAUGAUGAGGUCAAAGGUGAGAGUGAGGAUAAGAGAGAGGCGGAGCCUCCAAGCAGCAGCUCAACACAACACAUGACAACAGAAGGUGAUGGAGACCACUGUGGAGGAUCACAAGCAGACAAGAUCUUAGCUCCACUAUCAGAUAGUGAGGACACAACGUCACACUCUCCUGACACUGAUGAUGAACACUCUAAACAUGAUAAGACAUGUCACACUGACAACACUCACUUCACAUGUUCUCACUGUGACAAAACCUUUAAAAGCCAUUGGUAUCUGAAAAGACACAUGAGAACACACACUGGAGAAAAACCUUUUAUCUGUUCAAUCUGUGGUAAAGGUUUUUUAGAAAGUCACACAUUGAAAGUACACUUGAGAACACACACUGGUGAAAAACCUUUUUCCUGUGUAACCUGUGGUAAAGGUUUUACACAAAGUCACAAAUUGAAAGUACACAUGACAACACACACUGGUGAAACACCUUUUUCCUGUUUAACCUGUGGUAAAGGAUUUACACAAAGUCAAUGUUUGAAAGAACACAUGAGAACACACACUGGUGAAAAACCUUUUUCUUGUUCAAUCUGUGGCUUAUCUUUUUCAAGGAAGGAACAUUUGAAAGUACACAUGAGAGCACACACUGGUGAAACACCCUUUUCCUGUUUAACCUGUGGUAAAGGUUUUACACAAAGUCAAUAUUUGAAAGUACACAUGAGAAUACACACAGGUGAAAAACCUUUUUCCUGUUCAACCUGUGGUAAAGGUUUUACACAAAGUCAACAUUUGAAAGCACACAUGAGAACACACACUGGUGAAAAACCCUUUUCCUGUUCAAACUGUGGUAAAGGUUUUACACAAAGUAAAUUUUUGAAAGUACACAUGAGAACACACACUGGUGAAAAACCUUUUUCCUGUUCAACCUGUGGUAAAGGUUUUACAGACAGUCGAUAUUUGAAAGUACACAUGAGCAUACACACUGAAGAAAAGCCUUUUAUCUGUUCAUUCUGUGAUAAAGGUUUUGUACAAAGUAACAAUUUGAAAGUACACAUGAGAACACACACUGGUGAAAAACCUUUUUCCUGUUCAACCUGUGGUAAAGGUUUUACAGAAAGUCAGAAUUUGAAAAGACACACUAGAACACACACUGGAGAAAAAUCACUUUCCUAAUCAAUCUGCAACAGAAGCUUUUGUGAACGAUCAAAACUUGUAGCACACAUGAGAAGACACCCAGGAGAGAAAGUGUUGAGUUGCAGUGUGUGUGGUGAAAGAUUGUCUUCUAAGUAGCAGUGUAAGAAACACAAGUGUGCUGGUGAGAACAGCAGCAGCAAAUGAAGAUGCAGGAUUUGAAAUAAACUGUCAAGACUUUAAUGUUGACUUUCUAACAACAUCAGCACAUAUAACAUGUGCGACAUUGUUGUUUGUGUAACUAUCGUGUUAACAUGCUUCUAUAUUUAUAAAUUAGACAUUUUAUAUUAGUGCGUUUUUCAGUCAAGUACAUGCAUUAAAGGCCUACUGAAAUGAAAUUUCUUAUUUAAACCGGAAUAGCAGAUCCAUUCUGUGUGUCAUACUUGAUCAUUUUGCGAUAUUGCCAUAUUUUUGCUGAAAGGAUUUAGUAGAGAACAUUGACGAUAAAGUUCGCAACUUUUGGUCGCUGAUAAAAAAAAGCCUUGCCUGUACCGGAAGUAGCGUGACGUCGCAGGUUGAAGGGCUCCUCACAUUUCCCCAUUGUUUACACUAGCAGCGAGAGCGAUUCGGACCGAGAAAG